UGAAGGGAUCUUCUAAUGCAGGGACUCAGCUGGUUCUCAGUAUCCGUGCUCCAUUGACAGUUUACCAACACUGCUCAUCAAUGGAAGUCUAUGAAGCUCAUAGUGAAGCACUAUGAAGGAAUGAGUGCGACAGCUGCUGGGGGAAUCCUACUACACUAUCAGGUCACAUGGUACACACACACACUCUAUCCCUCUGAUCCUCCUCCCCUUCACUCCGUCUCUCACUAAUGCUGUGUAGAGUGAGGGAGAGAAAAAGCGGGAGGAGGGGGAGCAGCUGAAGGAGAGAGAGAGAGAGAGAGAGAGAGCAGAGCAAGUGAGAGGAGGAGGAAAAGCAAUGAGGCGGUGUGAGCCCAGAUUACAACCAACCACACACUGAAGGCAGGAGCGUGGAGGGCAGAAAUAAACGGGAUACAAGCUCCUCUGACUUAUUCUCUCCUUCUGUGUCAGUUAAAAAGACAAAGAUUACAAACACAUGUUGUGGUCAGGUAAGGAGGGUGAGAAGAAAAAAGGAAGAGGAAGAAUAGGAGUACUAUAAGAACAAGCGUUUCAGAGGACGGUGCUGUCACAGAGAAGGAGGAGGAGGAGGUGAUGUGUGUGAGCGUGCGGGUUGGCAACACACUAGCGAUACGACACUGAGGUGUGUGUGAAGUGAACCCCCUUCCCCACCUCCCCCACCUGCUCGCCAUCAAAACCCAACAUCAUCUACCAAGAACACAGUCUGAGGUUUCACAAGCCAUGCUACGGACCAGGAGCCAGCCCAAGUCUUGCUGAAUACCAUGGCCCAGGCUAAAGGGCGGAGAGAUGGCAUGGUGUCGUCCAAUGAGAACAGGCGCCGGCCGCUGUCGUCGGGUGAGGUGGAGGGCGUGUCGUGGCAGGGCCCACGGACCAUUUUCCUCCAGAAGAACUCGCAGGGAUUUGGCUUCACUCUGCGCCACUUCAUCGUCUACCCACCAGAGUCUUCCCUCCACAGCCUCAAGGAUGAAGAGAACGGAAAUGCAACUGGAAAAGCAGGUUGUCAGCGCUCUCGUUUGGAGCCAAUGGACACCAUCUUUGUGAAGAGUGUCAAAGAAAAUGGCCCUGCCCAGCAAGCUGGACUGUGCACAGGGGACAGGCUGGUGAAAGUAAACGGGGAGAGCAUUCUGGGGAAAACCUACUCUCAGGUGAUCGCACUCAUCCAAAACAGUGAAAACAUUCUGGAGCUCUCUAUUAUGCCAAAAGAUGAGGAUGUGUUGCAGUUGGUAAGUGCGUACUCCCAGGAUGCCUACCUGAAAGGCAAUGAGCCAUAUUCAGGUGAGGCCCAGAACCUCCCUGAGCCGCCGCCUCUCUGUUACCCUUCCACCAAGCCCAGCUCCACUGCCCCACAGCCCAGCCACAACCUCCAGAGUCCCCUGGACAACUGGCAAUGCCGAUCUGGCCACACCACCUCGCCACUGGACAACCGCCCCCCUGCUGCUUCUACCCCCACCUCCGGCUGGUCCGGGGGUCCUGAGGAGACCAGUGGUCAUUUUGCCCCACCAGGGCGGCACCGUGGCCGCUCCUCGUCGGCCAUCAGUGCGCUGGACUUUCACUUUGCUAACCACAAUGCUGCCAUCGCCUCUGCAACUCUGCCUCCACCACGGAAGAACAGCCUGCCGGCUUCUGCCCGCGCUCACACCGAUGCCCUCUGCCACCAGGCUUUGUCGGACUGGUACUACAGCCAGGCUGAGGCAGCUGAGCACAUGUCUCCCCGCCACCGCAGCAUAUCUCAGGACCGUUUAGCAGAGCUGGGGCUGGGGUUGGCACUUGGCCCUGGACCAGUGCCCGCCUCCACAACCUCUGCAGAGCAACGUAGAAGAGAGACCCUCCUGUACCACCACCAGGCGGCAGCUGCUUCCCAUGAUUCCUAUUGGCUGGGGGGCUGGGGUGGUAUAUCAGGACCAGGAAGCAGGUCGUGCUCAGAGAGCCUGCUGGCAGCCUAUGCAGAGUACGAGCACAACUAUGGGCGUUCUGUAGAAACACUGGCACAAGCCUCUGCACUGGUCCCACCACGCUCCGAACAGUCUUCACAAGGCUCCCAGAUGACAAAAUUCAGUGAGCAGAAAGAGCAGAAAGCCUCAGGAGGACAUCAGCAGCAAACCACAGUCACGGCCCCUAUCGCAACCUCUUCCACAGUGCCUCCAAGUGGCAGGCAGUCAGGUCAGCAGGUAGCUGAACCCCAAACAAGGCGAGUAAAAGAGGAAGAGUUGGUGGGCUACAAAAGCUACAGUCCUUCUUUCUCCCGCAAAGCUGGCCACCUCCUCCAGCAGGCGCAGUCCUUCAGAGAGCCCGGCUACACCGUCCCUCACCUCAACUGGAGCCCCGGCAGCAGAAGCAGCCCUGCCGACAGUGAUGGAGGGAUGGUGCCCCGGCCCCAGUCCACCCCAGCCCUGUCUGCAUCAGAGGAGGAGAGAGUUCGGCUCGGGGAGGACAGGGAGGUCAUCUCCCCUAUCUCCCUGAAUCAAGAGGUGGUCCUGAGGCAGAAACCACCUUCGGGCCGCUGGACCCCUGUUCAGACCCUUCGACAUCCCAACUACACAACACCUGUGGAGUCACCUGAGCCCCCUGGUUUGACUUCUUCACCUGGGACUCCCUCUCCUGUCUCUGGGGGGCCAGGCCCCAACCGCAGGGUCAAUGGUAGCCUGGCACAGCAUGCAUACGACUCCCUGUCCUCUAUUCCCUUCAUAGAUGAACCCACCAGUCCUAGUACUGACCAACAGGCCUGCUAUGUACCAGCCUGCUCUGUGGUGUCCAGUUCCCAGGCCUCCACUAUGGCCACUCUCACUUCCACCUCUGUCUCCCCCACCCUGUCCUCCAUCUCCCCCUUUGUCCGACUUCGUUCUCAGGACUGCAGCAGUAUCAAAGGUCGUCGCUCCUCUUACCUGCUGGCCAUCACCACCGAGAGAUCCAAGUCAUGUGAUGAGGGUCUCAACACCUUCAGGGAAGAAGGCCGUGUUUUCUCCAAACUACCAAAAAGAGUCAAGAGCUUUUUCAUUGAUGGGUCUCUGGAGAGCUUGCGAGCCCAGGAGGACGCCCGUUCCAAGCGCCACUCCACCUCUGAACUGGGAACCAUCACCUUCAGUGAUGUUCGCAAGGAGGGCUGGCUGCACUACAAACAGAUCCUCACAGAGAAGGGAAAGAAAGUCGGUGGUGGCAUGCGGCCGUGGAAACGUGUCUUCUCCGUGCUCCGUUCCCAUUCGCUCUUCCUCUACAAGGACAAGCGAGAGGCCGUCCUUCACGGGGCGGGGGCGGGGUCCAGCCAGGACGAGCAUCCCCCAGUCAGCAUCCGCGGCUGCUUGAUUGACAUUGCCUACAGCGAAACUAAGCGCAAGCAUACCUUGAGGCUGACCACACAGGACUUCUGCGAGUACCUGCUGCAGGCUGAGGACAGGGACGACAUGCUGGCCUGGAUCAGGGUCAUCAGGGAGAACAGCAAGACUGACAAUGAGGAGAUUGGUUUCUCAAGACAAGCUCUCAUCAACAAGAAGCUGAAUGACUACAGAAAACACAGUCUGACAGCUAAUAAGCCGGAUUCUUCUCCCAGAGCUCACCGCAUGAUGCCUCCCUUCCUCUUGGCUAAGACUGACAACACCUCAGUGAACCGAUCAUCUAGAACUGAUGACAACAAGGCGCUGUGGGGCAUCAAUAUCAUGAAGAAGACCAAGAAGACAGGCAGUCCCAAGGCUUUUGGUGUGCGACUAGAGGACUGUCAGCCUGCUGUCAACCAUAAAUUUGUCCCUCUGAUCGUGGAGAUGUGCUGCGGUGUGGUGGAAGACACGGGUCUGGAGUACACUGGCAUCUACCGGGUGCCAGGGAACAACGCUAUGGUGUCCAACCUGCAGGAGCAUCUCAACAAGGGCAUGGACAUCAACACUGCUGAGGAGAGAUGGCAGGACCUGAACGUAAUCAGCAGCCUGCUCAAAUCGUUCUUCCGAAAACUGCCUGAACCACUGUUUACUGAUGACAAAUACAAUGAUUUCAUUGAUGCCAACCGGAUAGAAGACGCAGAGGACCGACUAAAGACCAUGAAGAAACUGAUUCAUGACCUCCCAGACUAUUAUUACCACACUCUUAAGUUCUUGGUGGGCCACCUGAGGAAGGUGGCAGAUCACUCUGAAAAGAAUAAGAUGGAGCCAAGAAACCUGGCUCUGGUGUUUGGUCCCACUCUGGUGAGGACGUCAGAGGACAAUAUGACCGACAUGGUCACCCACAUGCCUGACCGCUACAAGAUAGUAGAGACACUUAUCCUGCACUAUGACUGGUUCUUCAGUGAAGGAGAGCUUGACAAGGAAGAGAAGACCCCAGAUGAUAAGCGGGACAUGCAGCCUGUGCCCAAUAUUGACCAUCUACUGUCCAACAUCGGCAGGCCGGGUAUGCCAGGAGAGGCAUCAGAUUCCACCACCAGCGAUUCACUUAAGUCAAAGCUUUCUUCAGCCUCCAAGAAAGACCUGAAUGCCAGGGACUUCCUGUCCAAGUCCAUCAUCUCUGCUGUGACCCGCAAACGUAAAAAAUGCCCCAGUACCCACCAGCCAGGCAGCAGUGCUGACGAGGACUCCGAGCAUGAACCAGUCAAAGCCAGCAACUACGGGGGAGGAGAAGGGGGAGGAGAGGAAGAGGACAGAGGAGAGGAAGAGGCAGUCAAGGAGGAAUAUACCAUUCCUAAGAAAGAAAAAAUGGAUGAAAAGGGAAAUGGGGUAAAAGUUCAAGAGACUACAGAGGGAAAGGAAGAUGGGGGAGAGGAAGCUGAAAAGGAUGUGGGUAAUGGACCAGGCAAUGAUGCCAAGAAUCCUCAAAGGGAGAGCAAGUCAAGAGCUGCACCACAACUUCGUCCAAACAGCUUCCUCUAUUCACACCAUCAGACCCACACCACAUGCCCACGACCCCAACCCGUGACCAGCCCUCCUCCACACCCAAGGCCUCACAAUCUGGCUAGAGGACGCCCAACAGCCCCUUUCUGGAUCUCCCCCACCAGGCUUCCCAACCUCUACCAGGCCUCCAGGCUUCAUGGGGGCCAGCAGCCGGAUUGGAACCAACCAGCGCCAGUCCGCUACAGGAAGACCAGAGGUGGGAGGACGAGGGCUAUGUCCAUGAAUCUGGACCUUGAGCUGGGCAGGAGUGAGGACAAAGUGAGAGGCUGGAGAGCGGAGAGGGUUGAGGUAAUCAGAGUCAUUGAGGGAGCACCAGGUCAGCAUGGAAGUGUUGGGGUUCCUCAAGGAUCAGUUAUAGGUCCUGGUUCAGUUCGACAAAUUGAUCCACUCCCUCAUCUCGCCCAGGAGGCCCCCCCUCUCUCCUCCUCUUCCUCGGGAUGGAUAGAUCAAAGCUCCCCGGGAUCUUCAACUGUUGUUCUGAGGAGAUCUGGCCUGGACCCGCGGGACAAGACAAGAGCCUGGCGUCGUCACACAGUGGUGGUUUAACUGUUUCAUCUACUAAUGCAGUACAAAGCACUUCUUGCCCUUUACUCACAAACACUGGACCACCUGCGUCACUGCUUCUAAAGCCAAGUGUCUAUCACGUGACCAGGGGAUCUCAGUUGUCUCAAGACUCUUUCCCCUCGGCUUUUUAUUGGCACUGUAAUUGGAGACUGCGGUUGUAGAGUUUCAUUCCCAAAUUAGAUAACUACCAUUUGAAAAAUGUGAAACUCACUCCGCAAAGAACACACUGCCUGUUGCUAUUCACCUACUAUUGAAACUAUUCAACUUAGACUCUUUUACUUACAAAAUAACUGUAGAUGUAAUUAUACAUGUUCUUAUAUAUUGUGCAAUGAACAUUAGGGUUGAAUAUCAGGAACUGAGCUCAUAUUUUCCAUGAAUUCCCAUACUGAAACAAGAAACCUUUCAGGACCUGAUCAGAGCUUCCACACAGCUGUCGUAGAUAUAGUCUCACCUUGAAUUUCAGCUAUUAAGGCGUGGCAACAUUAGAAACUGGCAUUUUGUUUGCAAGUCCUUGUGAAAAGGGUGGUGUUAGAAGUUUGGUUACAUAGUGUGUACUUGCCAGGGCUAGUUGGUGAACUACUGUAGCUGGAAAGCUAACUGCUAACACACUAACAAGCCAGGAACAUGCUAGCACUAAUCAGUCACAAUAGCACUAAUCAGUCACAAUAGCUCUGUCACUGCCCGAUUUGCGUCGCUGCCCGAUCUGCAUCUGGCAGUGACAUAUGCGAUCGGGUCCGCCGUCUUGGACAGCUUAUGUAUGGCAACACCACUUGGACAAACCACAUUAGAGUUGAGUUAAACAGAAAGAAGAAUGAAGAGGAAAGUGACCUAACAACUGAAUUAAUGGAGCAGCUGCUGGAAUUAUUAUAUAUAAUUUAUGGCAAGAAAUCCUGAGAAAAGGGUAACAUUUUCCCAUGAAGUAACCAUUUAAAAUGGCAGGAAAAUCUUCAACCCUAAUUACCAUCUGUUAAAGCCUCCAUGUGAUUAUAGCAUCUUAUUAUCAGCAAAUUAUUCUGAUAAAGUUGUUGUUUUGGAAAAAUUGAAACAAUCCCACUAAAAACAGUUGCAGCUGCGUUACAUUGUCAUUCUCAAUACUACAACUAAGUGGUGCCAAAGAAAGGCAUUUUCAAAGCCUAAACAUGGUGUCAUUAACACAUAUUUCUAAAACACUGCUUUGGAAUGAAACCCUUCAAUUGUUAAAUAAAAUUGAUGAGUGAUAAUAAUGAAGGAGUAAAAAAAAGAGAGGAAGCCAUAUUAGACAUGUGAUAUUCUACUCCAGAGCUGCCGCUGCUCCAGCUAACCCUCACCAGCAAAGACUUACGCAAAAUGUUGACUGUGCUGUACACAUACUGGUGUCCUUCACUACUGGUUCUCAUGAAUGAUGUCCCUGACAAUACCCAUGUGGGUAGAUAUCAAUGCAGCUUGAGUACAGCACAGUACACUAAUGCAGAGAAAACCCACUUCAGUUUACUUCUCAGCCCUUUACAAGCUCUUCCAAAGCGUCCUGUGGAUCUGCAGGGAACUUCACUGAUCCGUGGGAGCAAAACAAACUCACUUUCUCUCUGGAUGAUGUGACUUGGGCAUUAUGCCAAAGCUUCCUGUGGCAUAAAAAUGCAUGCAUGCGGUCAGUGACAUAAAAAUAUGCAAACCCUAAGUGUUCAACACAAGCCUAUUGUACUUCCCUGUGUGUGUGUGUGUGUGUGUGUGUGUGUGUGUGUUUUGGGGGAGAGGGCCAGAGUUUGGAGGAUACUGUUACGUCAGAGGAGCAAAGUGUUAAAGGCAGCUAUGUGAAGUCAUGCCAAAAUUAUUUUUUUUCUAUUUAGGUAAUUGUAUAAUAUCAGUAGUGGAGACAUGGUGAGCCAAGAGAUGGAAAAGGACUAAGCACUUAGUGCAACAGCAAGGCUCCAGUUCACACAUUAUCAGUGUUACACAGAGAGCGUUGUCAUGGCGGCAAUUGAAAGUGAGCAAAUAACCUCAAAUCCAAAACCAGAGUCUUACCUGAGUGAUAUUUUUGCAUUUCUUCCUUUUCACAUUUUCACAGUAUUUUUUCACUCCCUUCUCAUGCUGAUGGAACAUUAGUUUGUAAAGCAGAGUCUGAAAAAUACAUAAUGGAGAUGAACCAAAUCGUACUGCCAACCACUGUCGUCCAACCAGACUCCAUGUUUAUCUUAAUCAUAUCUAGUCUCAGUCUGUCCUUCUCUCUAUCUGUGCCCUUGUGCAUGUACUUUAUGUACGUGGGUGACUGUGCGUGGACCAAUUUUGUAACAGUUGUACAAAGCCUUGUUAAGUUAA